UUUCAGGUGCUUGGGACAUUUAAAAAAUUGCAUCGAACGCGCAUCAACACGUUUCGAGAUGACAAAUAUGCUUUGGAAGCAACAAGAAAGAAAAUAAACGACGAGUAUAGAAAAUGCAAGGAUAUUACAGAUGAGAAUAAAAUUGCAGAUCUAAAUGAGUUCGCUCUGGCAGUCGAACGAGAGGUGCGAACUACAAUUGUCCAGGCUAGAGAAGUGGAGCCUGGAAAGUUUGCACUUCGCGUUACUAAGGAUACAGAAAAAUUAGACAAUGCGACACUUGAUGCAGCUGGAUGUUCCACAAGCACUCAACAAAAAUCUAGUUCGAACUUCAAAAAAUGUUCCGACGCUACAAAUACAUCCUGAAUCGAUCUAGAUGGAUCGUAAUGUAAAUUAUAUUGCCGCAUAUUGAUUUUCAAUAAUAUGUUGCAUUCGUGUACAGUAUAACGUAGAUAGAUAGUAUAAACGUGUCUUUACUGAUGUAUAAUCAAGAA